CAGAUCCAACACAAAAGAGAAAAGUCAAAUAGCUCUCGGUUUUCCUUCGAUGUGGGACGGAAAGUGGUUUCUGUACGGGUGUUUGCCGUGUCAUCAGUAGUUUUGCGUUUUCGGAUCGUACAUUAAUCGACGGAAAAAAAGUUAUUAAUCCGUAGUGAAAAGCUGCAGUUUGGUUCGCAGUAUCGGAACAGCUCCCUUCAUACUCCAAACGGACGAUCUGGAUCUGGCGUGUUCAGCAGUUGAGAAUAGAAACUUUUUGCUCCCCGACAUUGAAACUAGGAUCAGUUUAUAAUAACUCCCCGCAUUGGUGAUCAUAUUGACAGCCUGUUGAACAGUCAAGUUUGACAUUUCGAAUCGCCUUCAAAAGUGUGUCUGUUGUUUUUGACUUUGAAAAAUAAAAGUUUUUUACGCAAAAUCGUCGUUUAGUGACUUUUUUGAGUGAUUUUGAUAAUAUUUAGUGCAUGCAAAAAAUCAGCAAAUCCAGACGGUCGAACUGGUCGAAGAAAAGAAUAUGUGAAUUGUGAAACAGUGUACCAGUAGAAACAUUGUCAUUUCAACCUAAUGUGGGCAGUUGUUUAACUUCUACGAUAUUGACGAAAAAUCAAUUGGAUUUAAUUACUUUAGUUGCAGCUAACGAUCCAAAGCGCGAACGCUAGAACUCAAUCGUGACACGACGUGGCAAACUCCUGUGAACCAUUUUACAUCCCCGUUGGAACAAAAGGGUUGGUUUAGUCACCCUUCAAACUUGUGAAAGGAAUAAAUCAGUGCAUACAGAAACAGGUCUGGAACCAGUGUUGUAGGUGUGCGUGUGUGUCCAUGAACCACCAAACUAUAGGUAGAAGAAACGUGACGAAAGUGACUAAAGUUCUGUGAAACAGCAACACCACAGCAAGCUCUGUGUUUCCUAGAGUGUUGACACGGAAAGUUUUCAGUGCAAAAGAAGAUAAAACUACCUACCUAUUCAGAAAAGAAAAGCAGCACAAAAAAGUAAGGAUUCAUUUUCCUGUCAGAAAGCUUCAGGUGCCCGUUUGAAGUAGGUUCAAAAUUCUUAAAAGUAAAGAAAGCAUUUCCGGUGAAAAUCUGCAGUGUUCAAGUUGAUGUUUUAUUUUAUGGUUUAAAUUGAACAGUUGAGUGCUUUUUCGUGUGUAAAAACAAAUCCUCAAGCGGAGGAACGACGUGCCUCCGUGACCGUGUGACAUCCGCAGUACUUCCUGGUCCGGCAAAAUAAGCUCGCCGUCGACUGUACUGGGCUAGAGCAACAAAUCGGAAGUGAUCUUACCGCCCGUUGCUACUGCUUGGGAAAACUAACUGGGAGUGGGAAGGAAUCGUCCGGUACGAUCUCUUCUUCUCUGACGGUUGGAAAGCAGUGCUCGUCAGCAGCCAGCCGCCCCAAGGCAAAAUUGCACUCCAGCUAGACCUGCUAGUCCGGGGACAGAAUGGAGCGUGAGUCGAAUCCAAUGCAGCCGAUGUGUAGAUCAGGUUGUGGAUUCUACGGCAAUCCCGCGCAGGACGGUUUAUGUUCAGUAUGUUACAAGGAUUCAUUAAGAAAAAAGCAGCAACCGCCAGUCAGUAGCACCUCAGUAUCUUCCAACGCGCCACCACCCCCGUCGGCUGUUUCACCCGCUUCUUCCACCAACAUUGGCACCGUGGUCACGUCGCAGAGCUUCGUCAGCACAGCAGCAGCUGCCGCCGCUUCAGUGUCCGCAAUCCCAUCCGCCACCUCAAUCUCAUCGAUUACAGUGACAAACACCGCACAGCCCACAGUCCAUAGUGCGCUUUUUAGUUCCGAGAAUAAGGAUAAAAUCGACGAUGACAGUGGAGCGAGCUCUAGUAAUAACUCAGACGCAAGCGACGACAAAGACGGUGAUAAAGACGGCAAGAAGAAAAAGAACCGAUGUGUGACCUGCCGCAAAAAAGUAGGACUGACUGGCUUCGAGUGCCGAUGUGGAGGUCUCUUCUGCGCGAUACAUCGAUACAGUGAUAAGCACGACUGCUCGUUCGACUAUCGGGAGCUUGGCGCGGCGGAAAUCAGACGUAACAAUCCGGUCGUGGUUGGAGAGAAGAUUCAGAAAAUUUGAACACUCGUGCCAUAUAAUGUCUGUCUAAUAUACAUCUAAUUCAAUUUAAUCUUAAUGAGAUAUAAAUAAUAAUAUUAAAAAGAAAAGGGAGGUAAACACAACUAAAACAGCAAAACAAGCAGAACCCUUAUACAUAUUACUACAAUAAUGAAAAAGUUUAAACCAUCAAGCAAAACAAUUAAUGCUAGUAAUUAUAUUUCAUAAAUUUAAUGUAAUGGAAAGUGCUGUUGAAAGUGGUAUAUUUCAUUUCAGCGCACAUUAAAUCCACAUGCCAGACGAAACACAAUCGGAUCAAUACACAUCCAGAUUCGCAAGCGCACACCUAGAGGAAGAAUGCGGCCUGUGAAUUUGGAUGUGUAUUCCAUUGGGAAUGUGUAUAAGGAUACUAUUUGCUGCAAUGUACUAUUUUUCGCAAUUUCUAUUUUUUGUAUAGGUCCCUCUUUUCUUCCCAAAAUCUUGUUGUAAAAAGUCCCCCUAUCCCUGUUUCCCCUUACCUUCCGCGCCUGUUUCUGCAAUUUAAAACAGAUUAGAUUAAGCAUACAGAACGCUAUUACCUUUCUACUAUCUAGGAGUAAAGAAGAAAGAAAGAGAAAAACACGCGUUUUAGGGAAUAUGUACUACUAUUUGACUCUAUCGUGUGUGUUGGGGAUUAUAAGUAUUUGCGCACUGCUGCCGAUGCAUAAAAAAGGGCAAACAAAAAAAAACAAAUGUGUGUGAAUGGUAUGUACUAGUACUAUAGGUAGGAAUCGCGAAAAAAACCGGAAAGGAAAAAAAUCAAUCCAGUCAAAGAGAACAGCAAGACGUACGUGUCUGAGAAAACUAACUACGAGAAGUAACUAAUUGUGUUUCUGAAUCUAGGAAACAAUCACAGGAAAAGUAUAUUUUAGUAACAAAAUGAAAAUUAAAAAAAAAAAAAAAGCAAGAAAAAAAUACGAAUAAACAAACAAAAAACGCUGAAAACCACUGACAGUGAGUUUAGGUGGAACUAUAGUUUACACAUGUGUAUAAAGGAGUACAGAAAAAUGAUAUUUUUUCAUUUACAGUAGGUUCAUUUUAUAAGUACUACUACAACACGGAAUGGAGUUUUAUGAACUUUAAAAAAAACUUAUAUACAAUACUGUGUAAUCGCAGCAAUAUUUCAUAAUGUGUUUUUAGAGGAUUGUAGGCCAACUUUCUGAAACUGUCUAUCCAACGCGAAAAAACAACUCGCACAUGAUGCAAUCAUCACCCUUUCCUACUCCGUUUACGAAGGGAUGUUUUUGUUUUUUGUUAAGAUAACCAAUUUGUCAGGCGUUAUUUUAUAUUAGACAGAAGAGAACAAUCAAAAAUGUUUUCCCCCCGAUUAGCGUCCCUCAAGAGUAGUAGUAGGUGGGGGUAGUGGGCAGUUGAGUGUAUGUUUUUGGUAUAGUUUGCGCUUAACCUAGGCGAUAGACCAAUCUCAUCUAGCUUCGGAUAAGUGCUAGUAGCAGUGAUGACGAGAGGUGUUUUCGGAAGUUGUCAGUUGGAAAAGAUGGCAGAUGGAAUCGAAUGAUCAAAUAGAAAGAGAUGCAAGCCGUUCAGAAAUGGAUCGGAGCAUAUUUCCGAAGGCACUCAAAUGAAAUCAAAAACGGUUGGAAAGUGGAUAAAGUUCUAGUCUGAUCAGUGUUAACCACAUCCACUUUUCAUCCCUUAUUUCAGUAAACACUCGUCUGUGAAGUGGAGGAGAAGUAGUGAAUUUUUUGGAGAUACUACGAGGUGUGGAUAGUCGAUCGGGCGUAAUGCUGAUUAAUGCUGUCGAAGUGGAUUUGGUAUACUGCCAAUAACCGUAAGUCAUUCCCACAUUCUAUGGGAUUCCCUAUCAACAUGGGACUGACUUGCGAUUAUAGGUCUUAUAGUACAUCACAAUAAAUUUCGCUGUGCUGCUACGAUGUUGAAAUCAAGAGUACUUAUUCAAAAGGUCCUAAGUGACGUUUCAUGGACCUCAACAAAUAUGUUUAUUGAUGGAACAAUUAUACCAAUAUAGUCCAAGGACUAUGCUCUUUAGGAAAAUAAUACUAAAAGCAUGAAAUGUUUAGUAGCUAAUGUAGUUGUUAAGCCUUUUAGUAUAAUGCGUUCUUUUGAAAAUUAUAAGAUCUUUCACAUAGGUCUUUUUUCGGGCCCAAGCAAAAAAUCAAUAAAUGACAUGUUACAUCGAAAUGAAUGAUGUUUUCAAUUAUAAUUUAUUUUACUCUCCUAACUUAACUUCGAAAAUAAACUGUAAAAAAAUAAUUUCUCGACAAACAUAUGAAUAGGGUUCAAAAAUCAACUGUAAAAAUUCUCUUUGGAGGGAACUUCCGAACGAACAGUUCAUCGCCCAGCACAUCCGUUGAUAGUAAACAAAAUAUAAAAGUUUGCUCUACUAUGCACCGUGCUUGGGUAAUAAUGGUUUCUCCAGAAUUUCUCCUCGUAGUAAAUUUUGACACUUGGCUUUUGAGCCCGAACCGAGAUUUGUUUUAUUUUGAUGCUUAGGACGUUUAUACUAUGUACCUAUGUGCAGUGGAAAAAAAAACAUAGAAUGAAAUGAAUCUUUUGUCGUUUUUGAAAGGCGCCUAUGAGCAGUCGCAGAAGUUUUAUUUCACGCAUGUGUCCUUUUAAUUUAAAAGGUCUCAAGCACAACAUUUCAAAAUAGAUGCUGCAAAUAAAUCAGCUGGUUUACAUUUGUCACUAAGGACCAUUUGCAUCAGCACUCUUGAAAUACAGUUUUUCCACAAUGGACGAAGUAUCAUAAGGAACGCAUUACAGUAGAACAUUGCAUGAAAAUGUAUAACCUCACUUUCCUGACAAUUCGGAGAGCUUGUUUACAUGGACUUGGAAAAUUUUUGAUUGCACCCAGUACAAGAAACUUGGUUUGGUCGUAUUCUAACACCAUGUAAACAAGCUCGCUGAACUGUAAAUUUUUCGAGCAUUUUUACUCAUAUGACGUCAUCAUGCAAUGUCCCGUUGGCUGCUAAACGUCAACUAUCAGCGACAUUUGAAAUAGUCCAGAAAAGGGCGAAUGACCCAUCGAGAUCAAAGCCCCAAUAAACAACACAAUAAUCAAGGAAAUCUAAAUAGACUGAUUUGCGAACGAAUUGAUUCGGUCAAUAGUAGUCGCAAACAUGUACAAGCCUAACUGGAAGUGAGAUCUAGAAUUUCUCAAAGCAAUACGCCUAGUCCUGCUAUUGGAUCCAUGGGAGCUUAGUGCUGUGCUUUCGAAAUUGAUCAAUGUAAAUUAUCUCAGAGAACGGACAUAUAAGCUAGAAUUUUUUCUGAAAAAAAACAUGUAAAAAUUCAAGUGAAAAUACGUUGAAAAUCACCAUCGUACGAAGGUUCGCAUGCGUGAAUCACUAUUGUGUCCAAGCUUGCACACAAGGCUCGUAUAACGAUUGGUGGUCAACCGUAGCGCCGGCUAGUGGCAAGUUGAAAACUUUUCUAAAAAAAAGUAAUAUUACUUAUUACUUUCUAAACGCCACAAUAAAUAUUUCCAACUCUUGAAACUUGAGAAUGAUUUUAAUUGAUUUUCUACGAAAAUGUAGUUAGCCUCGGUUUUAAUUGACAGCACCCACAUGGGUUAACAUCUGUUACAGUAUACACAGUAAAAAGCAGGGCUCAAGGUAGAUGAAUGGAAGAAGUUGUUAGUUCAAUUUCAAUAAAUAUUAUUUAUCAUUUCUGGUUUUAAAAUAUUAUAAAAUAAGAUCGAAAAGGAUCAAAACCAGUACAAAAGUGAGGUUAACUACUGUUCGAAUUUCCGACGGUGAGGAUUUCUUUAAACCGGAUUGGAUUUAAAAAUACCGGUUCGGCUAUAAAAACCAGGCUGAAUCUUUUCUGAUCGCAGUUAAAACUGGGCCAACUAUUCUGGAUUUCCCGUCAUUCACAGAUUAAACUAAGCUUUAAUCCGAUUAUUGAUCAAUAAGUACGAAAACUAGCGCCAUCCAUCGUCCGAUCGACCAGCCAAGUUCCGAAACCGCAUGCAUCACCUGUCCGCGUUCCAUGUAACCUACUGCAUACAGCGAAGAGUGGCAGAAAAAACACAAAAAUGAGAUUCUAGUGCAAUUAUUUUAAGUUUUUUGUAAACUCACACAUUUAUUGUUAUUCUCUUGAAGCAUUUUUUUGUUUUUCGUUCGACUAUAUUGACCAACAUUGGUUUUAUGCUUCUCUUAGAAUAAGUCUGUCAAGUCUGCAGGACUGCCCACUGCCCAUCGCAAGUUUCGUACGUGCUACCGUCGAACGUGAAAUGCAACUCCUCAUAGGUUUUUUGUCUUCUAUAGUUUUUGUUUUCUCUGAGAGUAGUAGAUUGGAUUCUCUUUGUACAGAUAUAACGAUCAAAAUUUGCGGCAGAAGGUAGCGUGUAUAUCUUUUAGCAGUCAAGUCGACCCAAGUUUAGUGUUGUAGUAAAACAAAACAUUAGCCGGCCCAAACUAAAAUUAAAUCGUUACAUUUUUAGGGAUCUACGCGUGCUGAUUUGUUUUUAAUAAAAUUCGUUUCACAUUUUUUUUCAUUUCCUUGUUCUUUUAUUGUCUAAUUACCAUUUUACCAGUUUGAACCCAUUUUUAGAUGACCCUGUUCGUACUUUUUCGGUCGUUGUUGGUGUCCAUUUCCCACGCCUUUUUGGCUUAAUAUGCUUCAGUUUUUUUAGAUUUGUGUAUAGCUGGCAUUUUGAACCUGCUUCCUUAGAAUCAAACAAGAACAAACAAACACCCACACCUGUACUUUGAUAAUGGAGACACACAAAUACACACUUUCACUGCGGUGGCACCUUAAAAAAAACUGGUGACAAAAUCUAAUGGAAAAGCAAAAAACACGUUUUCUCUUGUUUGAUUUUAGUUAGUUUUAAAUUUCUGGAUGUGGAGUUUAUUCUAAUUAUUGAUAUAUUAUCACCAAGAAGAAAAAUGCUGCAACAAAGCGAGAUAUAUUGAAUUCAAUUUAUAAUCUUAUUACAUUCAAACGCAAAACGUAAAAACACAUCUCUAUUAAACUAUAUUUGCUAAAAAAAACGAUUCAAUUCAUAUGUGUAUAAAGUAACUGCAAAUAUAAUACCAUCUAAAGCAACAGAAAAAAACUAUAGAGACUUAGCGGCAGAGGUAAAACAAGUGUGAAAUGCUAAUUGACAUGUAGUAGACUUUUGCGUUUUGUUCCGAAUGAAAAUAAAAUGCGUAUUACACAAAACAAAAACAUUGUAACAACAG